AAAACUCGACAUAAGUGAGAUUAAAAUAGCGCCUGUGGGGAGGGCUUUGUGUAUCUCCAAAAGAAAAAAAAAAGAAGAAAGGGAGAAAAAAAAAGCCGAAGCAGUCACGUGAUCGCAUGCCGUAGUUCAAGAUGGAGACUCAGCGAUGUGGUGGAGGUAGCUGUUUACAAUAAUCACAACAUGGCAAAUACGACGACCUGCAGGACGUUUUAACGUUUACAGCGAGAGUUGUUACCCAACCUAAGAUGUGCGUAUGCCAGCUUCAGACCACGAUGUUGUAAAGUUGUUUGUAAACAAAGACCACCUGAAGAAUAUUCAAGAUUUUAAAAAAGGCAAGCAGAGGAGAAAACAGUCAAUGAUCUUCAUCGCAAAUUCGAUGUGAGAGAGGAGAUCGAUAUGGCUCUGAGAGAGUUAAAAGUCUGCCUCUUGGGGGAUACUGGAGUUGGAAAGUCGAGUAUUGUUUGGAGAUUUGUGGAGGACAGCUUUGACCCAAACAUUAAUCCAACUAUUGGGGCAUCCUUCAUGACCAAAACAGUGCAAUACCAAAAUGAGCUGCACAAAUUCCUGAUCUGGGACACGGCAGGACAGGAGCGGUUUCGUGCUCUGGCGCCCAUGUACUACAGAGGUUCAGCAGCGGCAAUCAUUGUAUAUGACAUCACAAAAGAGGACUCCUUCCAAACACUGAAGAACUGGGUGAAAGAGCUCCGCCAACAUGGCCCUCCUAAUAUAGUUGUCGCAAUCGCUGGGAACAAAUGUGACCUGUCAGAUGCCAGGGAAGUGCCAGAGAAGGAUGCCAAGGACUAUGCCGACUCCAUCCAUGCCAUCUUUGUAGAAACCAGCGCCAAGAAUGCCAUUAACAUCAACGAGGUGUUUGUAGAGAUAAGUAAGCGCAUCCCUGUUGUAGACGAAGCUGGAGGAUCUUCAGCAAGAGGUUUCAAAUUGGGUCGUCAGGCCUCAGAGUCUCGCAGGACGUGCUGCUGAUGACGCUGGUGACUGUCUUCCCUCCCCUCCAACGUGACCUGUGAUACAAGCUUUGCCCAUUUUCUUUUUUCUGGCCUGCUUCAGCUUAAAGCCACGGCAAACCCUCAAACACCCUGCACCACAGACACCCGAGUGGGCCAGUGACACUCGGAAAGUUGUAGCAAAUAUAUUUUCAUGGCAGUCAACAACAGCAAGUCAUCGUGUUUUGUUUGAAAACUCCUAGCCGGAGAAAAUCAGUUCUCAGGUUUACUGAGAAUUGAUAAACAGCGAUGCCAGUGGCAUCCAUACAUGCAAUUUUCUCUCUCUGGUGCAUUAUAACUCUAAAUUCCUCAGAUUAACUGUACAUCUACAGACUGAUGGAUGUAUUCAGUCAUUUAUAAUUGUACAUUUGUACAGAUCUACUAUCUUUCAACCAAAAACAUGAAAUGAAGUGGUUAAAUCUUGAAAACUUAUUUUCAUAGUACUUAAGUUAUUGCCUUUCUUUUGGGAGAUCUCUCUCCAAGCAUUCUGAAAGAACCAAAAGUGUGAAUUCAAUAUUUUAUAUAAGAUUUUGAAGGAAAAAAAAUGAUGUUAGUCAUCCUAAUAAAAAGCCUGGCUCUCCCUGUGAUCCUUUCAUCGCAGCGUCGGUCGUUUCCAGCCACAGUCCACUCCAAGAAGGAUUGUGCACGCUUAAUUUAAAUUUUAUUGUGUGAUUGCUGCUUUAACCGAGGCAAAAUACCAGUGGGAUGUUUUGAUGUAAACCACAAUCACACAGUAAAAGAAGCAGAAAUGAAAGAUGUGCGGGAGCCUUCUUCCUUUACAUUGGAGAAAUAGUUCAGCUUUUUGGAAAAUUGAUAUCGCUGUCAUGUCUAAAUGGUAAAUAUGUGGCUGGAGCCAGGAGAGAGUCAGGCUUGGUGUUUUUAACCGGCUGACUGCCAGUGGUUUAUACGUGAUGGACAGACUCCUGUCGUUUGUCUAGCACUCUGCCGGAAAACAAAUAAGCAUUUUUCCCUGAAAAUUAGCUUUUCCUUUUAUUGUCAGCUUUGAUCUUUUUCUCUCUGUGGCUUAGAAAGAUGUUUUCACUGCCACUUGUUCCCAAGAAUGACAACAAAUUUCACCCUCUGUGAUUAGAGGAACCUCAUUAUCAGACCCUCCCUGUGAUGGUGCUGUAAUCAGGACAAAAUACUCACUCUUGAUUAUUAUAUGAUAAGAGUUCCAGCUGCUCACAUCUGUUCCCCAUUUCCCCUUAUAAUCACUGAAGAAGUCUUUACAGCAUCCUGUGUAUGAAGUGCUUCAUAAUGCCCAAGGUACAGAGAAUCCUGCCAGUCCCCCUUCUUUUCUUAUCCCAUUGUAAUGUUUCACUGGCAAACACGCCUGUCUUUACUCUUUUGCUGCUACUUUACAACACUUUAACAAGGGAGGUUGAUUUUUGUGAGGACUUGCCAAAUUCUUUAAUUGUCCCAUAAACAUUUUUCAUCUUUCCUUUUUUGGUUUCUUUUUUUUUCUCACCACAUAAUCAGCCCCAGCUCACACAUCCAAUGUUGUUUUACUACUUGGCCUCUGAUGAAAACAGCAAGAGCUGGAAACUAAACCUCGUCGAGAGGAAACUCAUAUUUUAGAGCUUAAAUCUCCCGUUAGCAGAAGGUUAUGGGUAGAGAAUUAGACAUGGCGCUGUGUCGACAUGCUGACCCCUUAAUGAACCUUGGCCUGUAUUUUGUUCUGAAUUACACACUGUGUGCUUUGUUCCAGAAUCUCUCUUCUGAUUUUCCUUUUCUUUCAGCUUUUCUUCCUUAUUCUUCUAAACCCCAGGCUCUCGAUGCAAGGCUGAACUGAAAUCUGGUACUGUAUACCACGUAUGUCCUUCGGAUCCUGUUGGUUGUGGGGUCAUAUUGUGAUCGGUUUAGAUGCCGUAAUUCCUGCAGCAAUCUUUAUGUGGGUUAUAGACUGUAUAUGAAAGAUGACAUCAUCCAUUCAUUUCUGGAUUUCUCCAUUUUAAAUGCUCAACUUUGUCUGGCAGAUAGCAUUAACUUAGCAGUCCACUAACUUGGUUGACUGGCUCCAUUGAUAAAAUACUUGAAUUUAAUUACUAAAACUGACUCACAAAAGGUUUAGCCAGACUAAGCACAGCAGGGGCCUUAUUAUCUGUUUGAUAAUUCCAAUAAAAGUUAUUCUAAAAGACGUCAAUACCGCAAACAUAGUGGAGAGCUCCAAUUUAUUGACUCCUGUUAGCAGAGGUGAAACUUUUGCUUGUGUCGGCACAUCUGGGACACUUCAAACCCCUAACUUUAACAAAAUCAGAAUGAUUAUAAGAGAAAAACACUCACCCUUCCAGCUGUUAUGAAAGAGAAAGUUAGAUAUAUAGACCACACAUAUUUGUUGAACUUUUGAGGCUGUUGAUAUGCUUGUGCCAAAGAUGAAGGUAGACAUUGACUCCUUUUUGGCCUCAAGCAGCCACUAAAGAAACUGCAGGAAGAGUUUUUGAUUCAUUGUCUAUAAUGAAACUUGUUUCUCCCACUGGAAAAAAAACCUUUUUUUUCCCCCCAUAAGUGAAUUUUUCGGGUUGUUGUCCCAAAAGUUUGACUCAUAAUUUCAAGUUAUUUUCUCAGUUUCGAGUUAUUUUCUCAGAGGUCUGAAAUUUUGAGCUAAUAAGCUGAAAUUUUAACUUAUGGGUGGUAAUUUUUGGGGGGCUUUUCAGUGGCCAAAAAUAGGCAGAAUCUCACUCAAUCUAUAAAAAGGUUGGCCUGAAAUCUAAGUCUUGAGCCUAUACUGACUAAUUUUAUCUUUAUCUGAAUCUCUUGAGACAUUUUAUUCCCCAAACCUUUUUUCAAAAUUUGAAAAAAAAGAUACAGAUGUGAGCUUAAUUUGUUUUUCUGUCCACACAAACAACUAUUUGCCUUGUAUCAUCUGAAAUGUUUCUGUUACUGAUGAGUUGUGUAGUGAGUGGUGCUGCAUAAUGUUCAGGAGUUGGGAGUUGAGUGCAAUAGAAUUAAUUAUGACACACUCUAAAUGUGACCUAAAAACAAGGGAAAUCAGUCCAGAGUGAUCCUCGUGUAAAAAUGCAGUCUUUGUUCCUUUUUCUUUUAUGUUGAUUUAAUUGCAGUUUUGCUCAAAAAUACAGACUGGUGACAAAUUAAAAGAAAAACAGUCAUAGUAAGGCAUAUCACAUACCACCAAGAAAGCUUCAAAGCAAGUUCCCAUCACUUUCCAUGAUCUCAUUAACUCUAAUGGAGGCAUGGAACACCUUUUAUUGAUGAAGAUUAGUGUUAGGGUUAAUGAAUAAUUGAUUUUAAGAUUUUUCACUUAAUUUGUCACCCAUCUGUAGUCGACCGGAGGGGCAGUGUGACUGGGUCAAACCUUGAAAGCCAGAGGAGAAAAUGUAAACUUUUAAUUGGCUCUGCUAUCUGUGAUAAUUCACCCAGCACUACAUUAAACCUACAUUAACUCGAGCCAAUACUUACUACAGUGUUACCGAUUUUUAUUCAAAAGGGAAAUCACGCUGUUACAUUAAAAGCUGCACUUUGACUUUUUUGUAUUAAUUGGCUCAUGUUACUAACAUUCUGCCUGUAGUGUGUUAUCUGUGAAGUCACUCGAUGAAAUAAUUCUGUAAAGCCUUAGACUUCUUAAUAUCCCUUGAUGUUGCUUUAGGUUUUGACUGUGUGUUUGAUUCUUAUUGCCAAAUAAUGUCAAAGCCAUGUUACCACAACACGCAUACCUAACCUCUUUUGUUUUUAAAAUUCUGAUUUAAGUUAAGUGCUAAUCACAUGACUGCUUAGAAUGUUUAAGGUUUGAUUAUUAAUUAUGUCACACAUUAUUUCCCCCCCAUUUGGAAACACGAGGCAUGAAUAGAAGUUGUGUGCCUGUAGUUUUGCAUUGGAAAAAUAUCGAUAGUCUUGGGCUGGCCCUGGGAAUAUGCUUAAUCUAUAUUAUGUAUCUUUUACAGUGUACAUAUGUACCAUCAAAUUGCACACAAAUCAAUAACUCUAUUCGAAGCCGGAUGUGUGAAGAAAAUAUACCUGUACACCAUUUGCAGUAAAAUCAUCAGCAGUGUAGUUACCAUAUUUAGCUUUUUGCUAUAUUUCAUACUGAUUGUAACAUAUCCCUGAAAACACUUGUUUGCAGUGUAAUUCCAAAUGCGUGAAAAGGGAAUUGUCAUUUGUUUACUAAUAAAAGAUUUCCAAAAAUAAGUGUAUGACUGUGUACCUGCAGCCUGUAGGAAGCGUUCUUUCUUCUGUGUGUCUGGCCUAUUAGAGAUGUGUGCAUUUCGAUGUUCCUUGGGAUACAGUGACGGUGUUGUUAGC